UCCUGUCGCCGCGAUCCGGGCCCUGGGCUGUGGGCGCCCCGGCGCCCGAGGCUUCUCGGUGCGCUCGGCCAGGAUGGCAUUAAGUCUGUGUCUGCAGGUGCUGUGCAGCCUGGGAGGCUGGCUCUCACUCUAUACAUCUUUCUGCCGCCUGAAUAAGCACCGAAGCUAUGAGUGGAGCUGCCGGCUGGUGACCUUCACCCACGGAGUCCUCUCUAUAGGCCUGUCUGCUUAUAUUGGCUUCAUUGAUGGCCCUUGGCCUUUUACCCACCCAGGCUCACCGAACACACCUCUCCAAGUUCACAUUCUGUGUCUUACCUUGGGCUACUUCAUCUUCGACUUGGGCUGGUGCCUCUAUUUCCAGUCCGAGGGUGCCCUGAUGCUGGCUCACCAUACACUGAGUAUCUUGGGGAUCAUCAUGGCUCUAGCACUCGGGGAGUCGGGCACAGAGGUCAACGCGGUCCUCUUUGGAAGUGAGAUCACCAACCCCUUGCUCCAGAUGCGCUGGUUUCUCCGUGAAACCGGGAACUACCACAGUUUCACUGGAGAUGUGGUGGAUUUCCUCUUUGUGGCUCUGUUCACUGGUGUGAGGAUUGGUGUGGGCGCUCAUCUCCUUUUCUGCGAAAUGGUCUCCCCCACACCCAAGUGGUUUGUGAAGGUUGGAGGGAUAGCGAUGUAUGCUGUGUCUUGGUGCUUUAUGGUUAGCAUCUGGCGCUUCGCGUGGAAGAAAAGCAUCAAGAAGUACCAUGCGUGGAGAAGCAGGAGGAAUGAGGAGCGACAGCUGAGACAUAAUGGGCAUCUCAAGACACACUAGCCAAGGCUCGUGCUUGGUAAAUGGAUUGGGUUGAAUUGGCCAUGGGACAGGAUCAGAAACAGAACCAAGCUUAUAGAGCUUAAGAACUGAGAUUCUAGUGCACUUAGGUUUCGAAAAAGGGCUAAAUGUAUCCAUCGCUUUAGUCAGUUUCCAAGCUAGGCAUAUGCAGUUUGAAACACUCCUACACUGGUAUUUGCACAUCCUCAGUGGUGACUGGCAAGUGGCGUUGUAUAGUGAGGGCCAUUGCCACUCGCUUUUGGGUCCCCGUGUUCAUGGGAGGAGGCCUGCUAGAUAUUCAGACAGCUUUGAAAAGAACUUGAAUCAAGUCAGUGCUGUCUCUUGUUCCUUUGGAAAUAACUCCUGAGUUCCAGGAGACCUUUUAAAUAUGUUCAGCCCAUGUGCUAUAAAGGGAGGGACUCGCAGGAAGGGACAUGCGUGUGACAUUCAGGCAUCUGCAAUGGGAUCUGUUUCGCCAAGAGGGACAGAAGGCCGGGAGGGAAACUAGCAAUGUUUGCCAGGGGAUUCCCACUGAGCCUCCCGACACUGAUUGUGUCAGAGGUUCCCAGGGACACCCUUGGCUUCCAUGAUUCAUCAGGAAGACGCAGGGCUUAGCUUAUAGUCUCACAGCUCUAAUUUGUGACAAUGAAAGGCUACAGAGAAGACUCAGCCCAGGGAAGAAGGACCUUUGUCAAAGCCUGUGGGAGCUAGGUAGGAGUUUCUGAAGUCUCCUGUUUGGAUAUCGAGGAGUGAUUCAUGACAACACACAUGAAAGCCAUUGAAGAUUUGGUGCCCAGAGCUUUUACUGGCCGUAGGUCAUGUAGGCACCUACUUAGCACAAGACAACAUUCAAGAUUCCUCACAGCGGGGGUUCAGCGUAAGCCAUCCUGUUUCAGAAACAGCUUAGGAGUAGUGAGCCAGGCUGAACCUGCUGGGAGCCCUCUCUAAGUUGCAGCUCCUAGGUGCCAGCCAAGGGCCAACCUUACAAGCAGGCCUUUGCAAAGGAUAGCAGUUCAGGCCUGCUGGGUUAACUCUUGUGUGCACAGAAACCGUAGAGUAAGGCUCUAGAUGCAAGAUGAAUGAGGUGUGGGUAGAUUUAGAUUUACUUAGUCCUGUUGUACGGGUUCUGCCCUACCAGGAAAAGUAUGCCAGUUCUCAGGGCUUUUGUGAAUUAAUCUGCUAGGCAUGAGAGGCCAUGGCUAAAUUCCAUGGGGAUUUACCAUGUGGAUUCCACUGUACUUGAGAUGGAGUUCAGGUUUCAGCUCCUGGUACAUACUGCAAACUAGAACCAAAGAUUUCAGUGUACGUAUUGGCCUCAGGGUGAUGAGGCUAUCUC